CUCCGGUGCGUUCGCAGCGCGUUCUGCCGGGGCCGCGUUGUGACCCGCGUACCCUUCUUGUUGCAAGGGGCUGCCGGGAGGCGUUCUCGGGGCGUUUUGGAGAGCGAGCCGCUGGAGAGGCGUUGCUGGCGGAGGUAGCUUACUACCAGUACACAGAGAACUGAUACGACUAGCAGAAUGGUUAUUUCGUGAAUAUCUAAAGGCUGCCAUUCAAGAGAUGUAUGUAGAUGCUAUCCCUAUGCCUACUUUGGUAACUAGGAAACCUAGGAGAGAGUCAUGUCCUAUUUCUCCUGAUUUGAAAUCUGAGCUGCUCUUACUCUGUAAGCUUGGCUGUGCAACAAUGAAGAUACCACUAAUUUAGCAAGGAGAUGCUAGGGUGGCAAAACACAAAAGAACCUCAGCAUGUCUGUAAUUCAGCAAGGGACGGCAACACUUCGUAAAGCAAAGAAGAUCACUGUAAAAACAUGUCUAGAUAACCCCUUUGUUUUUCAGUGGAAAACCAUAGAUGGAGAAGAUAUGCAUUUUAUACUGCAGACUUUAGAAGAAAGGAUUAAACAUAUUGGACUUAAAAAGAUUGAGACUCCAAGAAAGAAAAAACGUUCCCUUACAAAAAAACAAAUGGAAAGAAAGUGUGAUGCUAGCACCAAUGAACUCCCUAAAGAGGAGGAAACAGAAGGCCAUCUACAAAAACCAGGAUGGACUGACAUAAGUGUCAGAAGACAGCUUGCUAUUGGAGUUAACGAAGUUACAAAAGCAUUGGAAAAAAAUGAACUACUUCUCUUGCUGGUGUGCAAGUCUGCAAAACCUGCCAUGAUCACAUCACACCUGAUUCAGCUGAGUGCAAGUCGAGCCACACCAGCAGGCCAGGUUCCCCGUCUCAGUGAAACAGUUGCACCACUUCUUGGCUUAACAUCCAUUUUAGCACUAGGCUUUAAAAAGCAGUCUGAUAAAUUUACUGACGCAAUAGAAGCGAUAAUUCCAAAGAUACCAGCUUUGGAAGUGCCAUGGUUUCAGUACAAAACUGAAGAAUCGGUGGCUUAUGCACAUACAGAUUCUUCAGAAAAUCAGGAACCCGAGCAGCUUGCAGAGGCGCUGGGGGAUGAGCUCACAAGCCAGAAACGGAAGCGUACAGAAAGCAAUCAGCUCGAUCUUUCAAAUGUAAUUUUGCAGCCUUUGAAAAUCAAAAAACUUGUUCCAAAUCCAAAUAAGAUAAAGAAACCACCCCGCAAAAAGAAAAAAACUUUUUCAGCAUAACUGAUUUUAGUUUAGUUCUUCAUAAAAACUGAUUUUUUUAAUGCAGUAUGGAGUAGAGCUCUAACUGAGCUAUCUGUUAGGCUUUACAGUGUAAAGCACUUGAAUACAAGGUGAACUUUAUGUUGCGUUCAGUUGAGGUACUUUCUCCUUUAAUAAAGAAUAUUGCUCA